UUCCUAGUUAUGUUAUUGGCCUCUUUCGAACAGCAGCUCCCGAGCCGCACUUAAGAAAGAAAAGAAAUGGAAAGAAGAGCAAUUAAAAGAAAAGCCCCAGUCAUGAGCAGCGUACCAAAUAAAAGGCGCUGCCCAAGGAACAGUGGUGUUCCAACAAUGGAAAAGUUGACAUGUUCCGGGCCAUCGACAUUGCUGAUGCUGAUUAUUGGAGCUCAAGAUUCCUACAUGAAAGAAGCUUUAGGCUUAUACCAGUUUAUCAACACAUGCGUGCCAGACACAUUGCUGGCUUCCUUUCAUAUUCUUUAUAUCAAACAUUUACAUAUAAGAGAUCUUCUAAUGUCAAAUUACUUUAUUAAAAUACUUAUGAUAAAGUUAAAUGGAGCAAAGUAUAAUCAUGCCAGAGCCCUUUGGAUUCAACAGCUGGUGGAUUUUAAUAAAUGUGACCGUUUCAGCAAUAUAAAGGACCAUUUCCCAGUCAUUGAUAAACUGGUAUAUGCUAAAGUUGAUUAUCAUCAGGAAACCCCCAGUGACCAUCCCGUAUAUAAAAAAACACUGAGCAAAUUUCGGAUAUUUGGUGACCUGAGGGCUAUGGGUGACCCCAUAUCCGGUCCAGCUCUUAUUCUAGUUCAUCGAGAUGUUUACAAUCCUCGUUAUGGUCCUUGCAUGCAUAAUGUACCACCCUUGGCUGUUGUAGAUGACGACGGAAGGGUGGCAAUAGUUCUGCAUGCUAUAGAUCAGGAUGAUCAGUUGACAGGUUGUUGACUGUUAGUUGUUUAAUUUAAUAGAAAUGAGACAACAAUAGAUAUGUUCUGAAAUUGGAAGUUCAAGAAAUAGAGAUGGAACAAAAGUCUAAAGGAUCAGUGUGCUUUGCAUGUUAAUGUUCUUAAUGUUUAUUUGAGCUUUUGACAGAUUUAUUGUACUGUACAUAGUGUGGGAGAUGACGUUACACAGUGUUACAAGACAACAGUUGUGUUGUGUGUUGUAUUUAUUGUGUCGUGUAUUUAUUGUCAUUUUACUGAUUCUACAAAAUGUAGGUUGUGUAUUUUUGCACUACAUGUCUGAAUCACUGUCACUAUCAGUAAUGUUGCAGUGUAAGCAUGGGGAAAUGCUAUUUCAUUCUACUUCAUACUUGUUUAUGGUGAGACUGAUAAUAAAGCUAUCUAUCUAGAUUACUCAUUAAAAAAUUUAAACUCAUCACAAUAAACAACAGGUACACACCACAUUCAAAUAAUCUAAUAAAUUCUAUUCAUUUUGUGGUUUCAUUUUUUUCUUCUGUGGAAUAUUAGGAUUUACUGAACUAUACAUAGUUCAGGAAACAAUGGUUGACUUGGUUUUUGCUGAGUGUAGUGAAAGGUUUUUGUUGAAUUUAUUAAAUGGUAUGAUCAAAGUACCUCUGUAAGAUAACAGAACCCUCCCAUGCAGUGCAUAGUGAAGACAUCAGAUAACAUCAUAGGACUCUCUCAACCUCCAAUUCAGGACAUCUACCACAAGCGAUGCCUCAAUAAAAAUCACCAGUAGAGUGGUCGACUCCUCACAGCACUCCCAUUAACUCUUCAUCCAGCUGCUAUCAAGCAGAAAGUAACAAUGCACCCAGACCAAAUCCAACAAAUUCCAGAAAAGCUUCUUUCCAUGAGUUGUCAGAACCCUCAGUAUUGAACCACCUCCUAUGCACUUCCCUCAGAAUUAAAACCCUGUCAUCAUACACCAGCCACUUUGAUCACUAGUCAUGUCAUGUACAUUUCUUAUUCAUUACUUUCCAAGAUUUCAAGAUACAUACUCAGGAAUGUCACAAAGCACUUAUACUAGUAUUACCUGUCAUACAGUGACAACACAAUUGUCUCUCUAUUCCAAAGACUAUACAGUACAUAUGAGUAGACAACAUGGCGCUGUUGACUCCCAGUAUAGAGUUCUGAAGCCUAAAUUUGGUUGAAUUGAAAGUGACUGUGGCAGUGCAGGCAUGGCCUAGUCAGUUUGUGAAUGGAGGGCGGGGCCAGGGAAGGUGAGUGGCAAAGUCAAUGCACCUGUGGUUAAUUAAUGUUGUGUCUGUG